GAAGAUGAGGAAGAAGAGGAUGAAGAAGAAGAAAUAGAUGUUGUGACAGUGGAGAAAAGACGCUCCUCCUCCAACAAGGCUGUUACCACCCUUACUAUUACAGUGCGUCCUAAAAAUACCACUUUUCAACCAGUCAGGACACAGCAGAAUGAACUGAUUUUGAAGCGUUGUGCACCGAUUCACCAGCAGCAUAAUUAUGCCGCUCCUUCUCCAUACAUGGAGACUGAAGAUGCUCCGCCACAGAAAAAGUUAAAAACCGAGGUGCCCCGUCCAGUAAAACCCACGAUCCAACCAAAGUCUAAGAGUUCAAGUCCUCGAAACUCAGAUUCAGAGGAUAGUGAACGUCGACGCAACCAUAAUAUCCUGGAGCGUCAGCGGCGUAAUGAUCUACGGUCAAGUUUCCUCACAUUAAGGGACCAUGUUCCAGAACUGGUUAAAAAUGAGAAAGCUGCAAAAGUUGUGAUCUUGAAAAAAGCCACUGAAUAUGUUCAUUCUCUUCAGGCAGAGGAGCAGAAAUUACUGCUAGAAAAGGAAAAAUUGCAAGCCAGACAACAACAGUUGCUAAAGAAAAUAGAAUACAAGCGGACUUGCUAAACUUUGGUUUGUUUUCUUUUGGCUGACCAGGACAGUCAUUGCCACUUUGCACAUUUUUGAUUCUUUAAAAAAAAAAUUGUGUUUUUUGACGUUAAGAAUGUUGGUUUUACUUUCAAUCCAGUCCCUGAAGUCAUUGACAAACUAUAUUAUCCGGGUACGGAGCAAAUGGAUGUUCUUGCAAGGAGUUUAUUGCAAGACUACCAAACAACAAUGGACUGCCUUUGUUUUUCCUCGUAAGAACUGUAGAUGGUGGGGAUUUUUUUUUUUUUUAAUUGUUGUGAGCAUUUGGAGCUGCUGAUGACAUCUAGUUGAGUUUUAAAAUGUUCAUUCCUAAAUUUUAUGGUGCUUAUGUUCUAACAGAUGUUACUUUAGGGGUUAGCAUUUGUACCCCUGUGGGAAUUUUCUGUAAAUACCAUCUACACACUUGCCUUUUGUACAUGUCUUGGGUUAUGAGAGGUGGCUUUUGCUACCAGUAUUAGACUGGAAGUUCAUACCUAAGUACUGUAAUACCUCAAUGUUUGAGGAGCAUGUUUUUGUAUACAAAUAUAUUGUUAAUCUCUGUUAUGUACUGUACUAAUUCUUACAUUGCCUGUAUACUUUAGUAUGAUGCUGAUACAUAACUAAAUUUGAUACUUAUAUUUUCGUAUGAAAAUGAGUUGUGAAAGUUUUGAGUAGAUAUUACUUUAUCACUUUUUUGAACUAAGAAACUUUUGUAAAGAAAUUUACUAUAUAUGCCUUUUCCUAGCCUGUUUCUUCCAGUUAAUGUAUUUGUUAAUGUUUGGUGCAUAGAACUGGGUAACUGCAAAGUUCUGUGUUUAAUUUCUUCCAACGAUGUACAUUUAGUGCUGCGUCUUAUAGCACUUUGAAAUACCUCAUGUUUAUGAAAAUAAAUAGCAAUUACAUGAUAUG